AAAUGCUGAGGCAAGGGUUGUUCGGCGAAGAGGGGCGGGAGAGGGAGGGGAAAGUGGAGAUGUCCCUUGCCCACCCUUGUUGAAGGAUUAUAAUAAUUGCAUGGGUGGGGUUGAUCAAGCUGAUCAAAUGCUAAGGUAUUACACUUGUAUCAGGAAAACAGUGAAGUGGUACCGUCGUGUUCUUUUCCAUGAGGUAGAGGUGGCCAUUCACAAUGCCUUUGUCAUUGAAUGCCAUGAAAGGGAGGGAACAAACAGACCUAGGAGGGUUGCUUUGGACUUCAGGUAUGAGUUGGCCGAGGGUCUGAUAGGGAAUUCCCGUACCCAACCAAAGACCCCAAAUGCGCCACGAAAUGAGGAGUUACGACUCCAAAAUGUGGGUGCACAUAUGCCAGAAAUGCUUGCAACUAGGGGAAAUUGUGCUGUUUGCAGCAAAAAAAUAAGACUAUCUCAUAAAAAUGACUUCAAAGAUGUUCCCAAGGAUAGGUCACCCCCAGUUCCAUAUGUGCCACGCCCAAGCAUAUUUUGCAGGGUGUGUAAUGUUUUCCUGUGCAUCCAGAAGGAUCACAACUGUUGGGGUGAUUAUCAUUCUAAAGUAGAGUACUGGAGAUAGAAUUAAUUUUGUAGACAAUUUUACCUUGCAUUUUAAACAUUUGGGUCUUGCUACAGGCUUUGUAAAUUGAAAAAUGUUAAUUUUUUAUAUUAAAAUAUAUUUUUUAUUAAGUUUAUUAAUAUUUUAUUAGAAGCUGUGACUAUAUGACACUGUAUUAAAUGAUAUAUUCUUAAAAAGAAAUGUCUAAAGUUUCAUUUGAUAUCUCAUUUAUGGUAGUAUGUUGACCAUUAAACAACUUAGAAACAUUUAUUUGUUGGUCCUCUUGUAUCCUUAAAAUCCACCCCCGGGAGCC